CAUUCCUUAUCAUUACAGCAACCUGUCUUUUAAAGUGCAUGCACUCCAGAGAAGAUACCAGUUUUUUAAAACCUUUACUGUUUAAUGUUUGCUUUAUUAAUUCUGCAGCCACAAACUUCUGACUUGUGUGAAAAACAUAUCCUCAGACAUUUCCAUUCUUAAAGCUGCAGUUCGUAAUGUUCAAACUCUUUCUAGAACGAUAAUACUCAUAUGAUUGUAAAGAUACCCUAGAAAAAAAACGAUGUACAAUAUGGAUAUCAAGUGGCUCUCAGUUAUUUUGUUCAUUUCAGGCUUCGCUUUACAUUUUUUCUGGCCCAGAAAUGACCCAGUAAAGCAUAAAACAACGGAUGUUAGCCAGCUAAGCGGUUAGCAUGACACUCACACCAUGGAGAAGGUGUUACGAAAAGUCUCUUCCAGUAAGCACGAGGGUAGUGGUGCUACAACAUACAUUAGUCAAGGUGACCCUAAUGAUCGCCUUCCUGUGUGUCCAUUGCGCCCCCAGAUGGACAGAUUACGAUGCGUUUCGCUACUUUGAGGUGGUCACAUUGUGGUUCCUCUUCGCCUUCCUCAUCUUCUUCCUCAUGUACGUGUUCAGGCUGCAGAGCAAACUCCCCUGCAUUAACUGGACGCUGACGGUGAUUUUUUCAUUACAUCUUGGGCACCAUCCUGGUCUUCAUCGCCUCCAUCGUAGCAGCAGUGAAGAGCUACAGCGUCUCUGCUCUCAUAGCUGGAUCUGUUUUUGGCUUUAUUGCGACUUUUCUUCUUGCGGUCAGUUUAUGGAUGUCGUACAGCGUCACGUGCGGCUCUCAGCAAACCAGUAUCGGUGUGUAACGGGACCCAAUCCAAAGUUACAAGAAGGAAUUAAUUUGAUCAGUUACUGUAUCGAGUGCCUCAAAUGUGCUGAGAGUUCAGCCCUGUCCUGAACGCUGCAGUUUAUACGAUUUGGAAACAUGCUCCCUAACCCUACAUUCACACUAGCAGGCGACGAGUCGCUUGUGUCACUUGGAGUUCGUCUCUUGUGGACGUGUAGCGAAUGCUGCUGUUGUCACGUGCUGUGGGCGUGGCCCGUCCAGCAAGAACCAUCUCCUCUCGCUGUCGCGCGUUUGCGUAGAAAAGGAUUGUCGCUUGCUAGUGUGAAGGUAGGAUAAAGCUCUAAGUGUCACACAGAGAAGGUGACGCAUCAGGAUUGACCGCAGACUGAACCGACAUGUUAGUGAAUGUUGAUUUUAUUAUAUUCAUUAUUGCAGUAUUGAAAUUCCUGAUUAGAGAAUUUAAAGCUCAGAUUCAAUAUUUUAUACACAAGGUUUUUCCUAUUUAAGUCUUAUUCACUGCAGCUUUGAGGUGGGUUAAAAUAUAGAAUGAAUCUUUUUUUUAUUCCAUUUAUAUCAAAGAGUGUUUAUUUAUUUUUUAAAGAACUGAUGAUGAUGAUGAUGAUGAGAUAGUUUUGCUUAAAUUUAGAAGUAUAGAGCUGGAUUUGGAGCGAUUCACAGUGUUAUUAUCAACUAUUCAAAGAGCAAUAUUUCCUUUUUGUGAACUUAACUCACUGUGUAAAGUGAUUUCUUUCUCUCUCUGUAUCCCUUUUUUUUUUAGUAAACACAAUCCUACAUUUUACUGUGCUGACUCUAGUGGCAAAAAUGGAAAAAUAUAAUAAAUAUGCAGUUGUUCAAAA